AUGGCUUCCAUGGGGGGUGGUAGCCUCGACCCUGAACCCCUCAUCAGACAAGUGAGACUUGGUGGCUAUGUCAACAGACUCCUCCAGAGCAUCUGCGGUGUUGAAGGCAUCAGUAAAGUUGGUGUCAAAGCCGAACUACAAAACCGCAUCAUUCAACAAAUAAAUCUGCACGCAAAGAAUAACGACAGACCCAGAUUCCAACGGCUUAAAGACGCCAUCGAUAGUCCUCACCGGAUAGACUCACACAACAACAUCGCAGCGAGCGCCUCCUCUUCCCCAAUGCCACCACCGAAUCCAUAUUUGAACCCACCGCAACCGCCGGUGGCCUUCGCAUACAACUUGGCCAAUAUGGCACCUGGAGCGGCAAGUGUCUUUCGACCGACUGGUAACCCGAGAGUCGAAUUUAAGCCAAGUCCUUACUACCAAAUCCAAGAUCAGAUCGGUAACCCCUCACCUUGCGAAGUGAUGACGCAUCACAGAAAUACUGUGAAGAUCAACAUCCGCGUACAAGACAACCCAAUUCUUUCCCGUGUUGGUCGUGGCGAAGAUAACCUUAGGGUGAUGGUGUUCUGCGCUGGUGACGUGCAAGGCCGCCAAGACAUCGCAUUCCCUCACCAAUCCGAGAUCAAGGUCAACGGGGGCGAAGUCAAGGCCAACCUAAGGGGUCUCAAGAAUAAGCCAGGCUCUACCAGACCAGUUGAUAUCACCAAGGACCUUCGUCUCAACAUCAAUGCAUACAACAACUCUGUUGAGAUGACUUAUGCCUUGACAAGCAAGAAAUUCUAUUUAAUCGUCUAUGUCGUCAAGGCUGUCCCUGUCACGGACUUGGUCAAGAAAUUGGAGAAUGGCAGGAGAAUUACCGAAAAAUCAGUUCUUGAAGAUAUGCGUAACAAGGCUCGCGACACAGAUAUUGUCACGACUGCUUCUGUUCUCUCGCUCAAAUGCCCCCUCUCAACCUUGAGGAUCGAUCUGCCCUGCCGAUCGAUAUCUUGCCGCCACAACCAGUGUUUUGAUGCCACAUCCUACCUCCAACUGCAGGAGCAAGGUCCCACUUGGCUUUGUCCAAUCUGCAACAACUCUGCGCCGUUUGACAGCUUAGCUGUCGACGAAUAUGUUAAAGACAUCUUGAAGAACACGUCGAGAUCUACCGAUCAGGUCAUAAUACAACCAGAUGGAAAGUGGGAACUCAACGACAAGAAAACGGAAAAUACAAAACAGCCGAGACGGCCAAAUGGUGUUGCGAGCGACUCUGAUGACGACCUUGUCGAGAUCACGAAGGAGGGUAGUUCGGUGAAGAUCAGUACCCCUCAGCUCAGCAAAAUGGCAAAUGGUGUCAUUUCUCAAGUAUCUCGCGAGCUGUCGAGUGCAAGAGAGUCGGUCGGCUCCACGAGCAGCAAAAGACCCAUCUCAGCCGUCAUAGAUCUAACAUCCAGUGGGGAUGAGGAUGACGAGCCAAUUUCCAGGCAGGCAAAACGCCAGUUUAACGCAAACGGCUAUGGAGCACCGCCAACAAGUGUACCUGCCUACCGUCCUGCACCACCACCAGGCGCUACCUACCCCCCACCACAUAUUUGA